AUGAUCGCCCCCCGCGUGGGCCGGGGGCUCGGCUGCCUCCGGCUCGGUCACCCCCUCCGAGUGAUGUGGGCCGGCGAGGCUGCUGGGCGCUGUCAGGCCCGGCGGCUGCACGGCUCGGGGGGCGGCGAGCGCCGGCCGGGGUCCGAGCCCGAGGUCUGGCCGCCGCCGGGCCCGGCGCGCCGCCCGCUGCGGGAGUGGGCGCUGCCGGUGAGCCCGUUCGGCCGGCUGCGGGCGCGGCUGCCCUGCCACCUGGCCGUGCGGCCCCUGGACCCCCUCGCCCACCCGGACGCCGACCACGUGCUGGUCGCCCUGAGUGGCGUGGAGGGCGGCGCGCGGGACCCGGCCGGCCUGCGCGUUCGGUACGACGAGGCGCUGAAGGAGGUGGCCAUCGAGGCUGACACCAUCGACCCCCAGGCGUCCGUGCAGGUGGACGCGCCCCUCAAGUUUGAUUUGAAUAUCAAGUCUUCAGGGUCUGGCUGUAUAAAAGUGCAAAAUAUUGAAUGUGAUAAUUGCAAAAUUGAAACUGAGCAUGGGACUAGCAUCUUACAGUCUGUUAAGAGUCAAAAAUUACAUGUUCAAACUAAAGGAGGCAAAGUAAUCUGUCUGGGAACAAUUUAUGGAAAUAUAGAUAUUCACGCAUCAGAUAAAAGUACUGUGACCAUAGAUAAACUGCAGGGAAGUUGUGUCAAUAUAUCUACUGAAGAUGGUUUGCUGAAAGCCAAGUAUCUUUACACAGAAUCAUCAUUUCUAUCUUCUGCUGCUGGGGAUAUUACAUUAGGAAGUAUUCAUGGUAAUAUAACAUUACAAAGCAAGAUGGGUAACAUCACAGUAGACUCAUCCUCUGGAUGUCUAAAAGCCUCAACUCAUCAGGGUGCCUUAGAUGUUUAUGUCAGCCAACUGGGGAAGGUGGAAUUGAAAUCCCAUAAAGGCUCUGUUCUUAUCAAGGUCCCAUCUUCUCUUCAAGUUCAUUUACAGUUAUCAGGAAAAGAGGUCAAUGUGAGCUCAGAAGUCGAUGUUCAAGAGAUGGCCAAAACUCAUAAAGAUGAUAGUGUAAUAAUUACUGGGCUCAUGAAUCAAGGAAGCAAACUUGAAAAAUGGAUUAAGGCUGAUGCCCCAAAAGGCACUGUAAGUUUUAGAAAUCAAAGCUGGUUUCAGUCCCUGAAACUGCAAGACUGA